AAGAAUAAAUCGAUAUCGCGAUAUUGUGAAUGUAUCGAGUGCCCAUCAGUUCUGGUCCCAUCACUAGUACAAAGCGAAAAGCAGAGAAAGAAAUAAUAAUUCGUGUUUUGUGUGCAGAGUGCAGAGUGCAAAGGGUAAAUAAGUUGCAAUAUCAUCGCAAUCGCCGUCGAGAGCCCUAAAAACCCGAUAAAGUGCCAGGAUUUUUGGAUAUCCAUAUCGUGCGCGCAGCUCCACUGUUUUCCCCCCUUUUGUUGACGUCGCAUUGUCGUCAUCGUCAUCUUGUGACUUUGUCUAUACGAGUCCGAAAAAAGAAAGAAAAGAAAGUCGUAAAAUAUAGAAAAGAAAACUAGUUGGGGAGGAGGAGUCGCACACACAGACACACACAUAGACAGCCGAGCGGAGCCCCCACACACGCACACACACACACACACACACACUCACUCGUACCCCCAAAGGCGAACUGCAGUGAAGCAACAAAAACAACAACAACAACACAGAAACAUUGCAGCUUGCUUUGGAGCACUUAAACAGCAAUAAACAUAAACCAAAACGAAUUUAAAAACAAAAACAGCAAAAGAAUCUAUAGCUUAUUCUAGCAAAAGUCCAAAGUUUUUGUAUAGAAAAUAAAAAGCCAAGUCAAACGCAAAAACAAACGAAAAUGAGAAAGCAAAAGGACGAUAUGCAGGUCAAUGUCGCUGGUCUGCGCAGAAACAUCAAGAACCUUGCGCACAACUACUCCGAUGCCCAGGUCAAAGUGCGCGAGGCCACCUCGAAUGACCCGUGGGGUCCUUCGGCCGCCAUCAUGGGCGAGAUAGCGGACCUCACCAACAAUGUGGUUGCCUUUUCGGAAAUCAUGCAGAUGAUCUGGAAGCGUCUAAAUGACCACGGCAAGAACUGGCGCCACGUGUACAAGGCACUCAUUUUGCUGGAGUAUCUGAUUAAGACCGGCUCGGAAAAGGUGGCCCAGCAGUGCAAGGAGAACAUCUUUGCCAUUCAAACCCUGCGAGAGUUUGUGUACUUCGAGGAAGGCAAGGAUCAGGGCACCCAUGUUCGUGAGAAGGCCAAGCAGCUGGUCACUCUCCUCAAGGAUGACGAGCGAUUAAAGAACGAGCGUGCGAAGGCGCUGAAGGCCAAGGAGAGAUUUGCCCAGCACCAGAGUGGAUUCGGCAGCGAUGGCUAUAUCGAUGGACCAUCACAACGAGAUCUGCCGCCGGGCUGGCAGGAGGAGCCGCCCAAAUCGGUCUCCGAGCUGGAAAUGGUUCGUCCCCAGACGGCCGGCGAGGAGGAGCUGCAGCUCCAGCUGGCCAUGGCCAUGUCACGAGAGGAAGCUGAGCAGGAGGAGGCCAAGCGGCGCAGUGAUGAUGUGCGUUUGCAACUCGCGCUCAGCCAGAGUGAGCAGGAUUUCAAGGAUCCAAACGGACGACCUAUUCCUGCGCCAAAGAAGCAGGAACCACAGAGCCAUUUGCUGGAUCUGCUGGAUAUUUCUCUGGGCGCUACGAGCAUCUCGAGUCCGCCGCUGGGCGCUGCAGGCGGCGCCCCCGCGGCUGUAGUCGAUCCCUGGGCCACGCCUGGUCCGCGAGCUCCCAGUCAGCUGUCCGAUCCAUGGUCAGGUACAUCCUCGCCACAAGUGGAUCCCUGGAACCCCUCCGGUGCCCCCCGAACCAUCAUGGGUGCCGGAGUGCCGAUGAGUUCUGCGCCAUUGGGUGCAGGAGCUGGAAACGAUGCCUGGGGUGCUCGCACUCAGUCGCCAUCGGUGGCCUCGGGCUCCUCCAACGAGGGUUGGCUGCAGACCAAUGGCAAUGCCAACCAAAAUGGACGUGGAGCCACUCCGGCCGGUGCUGCUGCUGAAGGCUGGCUGAUCAAAUCCACUGCUGCCGGAGCUUUAGGAGCUGCGCCCGUAAACCAUGCGACAAAUAAUGGUAGCUCAUCUUCUGAUCCUUGGCUAGCAGAGCCAGCAGCAUCAGCGGCAGGAGGAGCAGCAGCAGCUGGCUUGGCAGAUCCCUGGGCAGGAGGAGUAGCACCUCAGACGGGUGUGGGAGCACUAGAUGAUCCCUGGAAAGCCCUGGGAACAGGUGCCAUAAAGAAACAAUCACCCGAGUUUGAUGAGUUUGACUUGAUUACCAACCGGAACAAGAGUGAGCACAGCAAUUCCAACGCCUCCAACAACAACAAUGCUUCUCUGCUCGAUGACAUGGACCCGCUAUCGGUGAACUACGGAAAUGGAGCUAUAAACAGCAGUAUGCAUCCGUCGACGGGCGCCACGGCAAAGAAACCUCUAAAGGAUGCCCACUCUUUCCUCGGCGAGAACUCUGCGCUUGUUAACCUGGACAAUCUGAUCAAACCGAUUGCGCCACAAACGCAAACGGGUAAUCAGCCGACGUACAAUCCCUUCAGCGACAACGUAGUGCCACCCAAGACGAAUCUAUUCCAGCAACAGCAGCCAGCCGUGCCGUCCAUCAAUCAGCUGAAACAACAGGCUCCGUUUUCAGUCAGCAUGAACCAAGAUCCCUGGGCACCUGUAAUGGGUGGCGUUAGUGCGACUUCACAGCCACAGCCCAAUUCGCAGGUCUACAAUUAUGCGUAUCAAAGUAGCAGCAGCAGCAGCAGCACCAAUAUCCUUGGUAAUAGCAAUAUCCCAAGCAAUAUGAAUAGCUCCACCAGCAACAGCACCCUACACAGCUGCUACGCAAGUCCGAGUCCGGGCGUCGAUGGCAUUCGCAACAUGGAUAUAUUCAACGAACGUCCAUACUAUAAUAGUCCAACAGCACCUGCUGAUGAUAGCUUUAUGUACAACAGCAAGGAUAAUAACAAUAUCAGCAGCAACUAUGGUACUCCCAGACUUUAUUCAAGUUUUGCUGCCAGCUAUAGCAGCGCCCUAUCCGAAUCUCUGGCCGAAACCCCUGGAAUUAGUGUUGCUCCCCUGGGUUUUGUGGCCGAUCCUGUCCAGAGUUUUGGCCCCCCAGCCUCGUCGGCCAACUGCAAGCUGGAACAAAAUAACAACAUGCCGUGGAUCAAACCGGAAGCAGCUACAAAUCCGUUUUUGUCGUAAAUUGGCGACGAUCAAUCAGCAACAAUGUAAGCAGGAGCAGCAGCGGGAUCAUCAAUUAAGGGAAAGUCAACUAAUAAAGGCCUGACUGGUGUAUAAGAAGCUGUCCAAUAGCGUUAGCAACAAUAGCAGCAGAAGCAACCAACUUUAGCCCUACAUAACUGCAGAGAGGGAAAUAUGAAUUAAUUAAUAAAUUAUGUGUAAGGAAGUAUUAUUAAAGUGUAAAAUAUGUGAUGUAUGAGAGAGAGAAAGCCAAGAUCCAGCGAAAUAGAAAUUGAGGAGUUAAACAGAAACAGCAACGACACCCAGCCAAGAUGAGUAGAGAACUGUUGCGCAGGAAGCUUACAAUUAAACUGAACUUGAGUCUAACACAUUUGCAAUAACUAAAUCUGUAAACCAUCCCAUAAGAAAUCGCAAGGCAUCCCCGACGCCAUUCAGCUGACUAUGAAAUUACUCUCCCUACGAUUCACACUCUAAAUUUAAUGUUUUUAAAGCUCAUGGGUAUAUGUGCCCCACCUCCCCUGAAGUUGUGUGGUUGUUGGGGAAUCCUUCACUGUCAGUCUUCAAGUACUUCCUUAGUUGAUCACUUACUGUUAAUUAAUUUCUAUCCUUGUUGGGGCAAAAAUCAAGAAGGCAGACGGUACAGAGGAGAUACAAUCGAGUCCAGAACUAAUGAUGCAAAAUGAAAUUUAAAAAAUUGUUAUAUAGCUUUAAAGAAUGCAUUGGUAGAGAGAACAUGUGCAAAACCAUGUUAAACAAAUUAUGUGUGCUUGUAAUUGUACAUUUUUUACGUUCAUUUUUGUAAAAUUUAUUGUGCGCGCAUGCUGCAGAAACCAAAUACAAUUAUUAAUGGCUUUUGGCUAUCGAUUUUUAAA